GGGUGUAGUUAUCAAAAUCGUCCAACAGUAAGUGUUAUUGCACAGGAAAAAUGGCGUUGAGGAAUCUAAAGCCCGAAGGCGUAUUUCUGUUUAGAGAUAAUAGCUUGUGCCGAGCCGAAUCUCUUGCGCUUGCUCUUCUGGGCUCGUCAAGGUCCUUAUUAGUGUUGACCAUCACGGGAAGAGAGAAAGUAUUGAGACGUCGCUUUACUACAUUAUGUGACAGUGCCACAUUCGUCGAACUUGAAAGAGGCGCAUCUUUGGAGAAAGUUCAUGGCCAGAUUAUGUCAUCUUCUCCAUCUGCUUUUUUGUUGGACUGUGCAGAACUUUUUAUUGAAUUAUACGGAGUGGAUAGCGUAUCUGCUUUUCUGUUCCGGUUAAAAGAAAAAUGUGCUGUGAUGACUAUAUGCUCCGAGUCUUCCGUUCCCGAUGAACAAUUUAGAAGAUUAGUAUCAGUUGCAGACACAGUUAUCACACUAGAGACACAUGAAGGAGUUUGCAUAGCUGAUAUCAUGACGUACAAGAAAAAUGGUAAACAUGCAAAUAUGAAGGAGACAUUCAGCAUAUCAGAAGAUUUGAAGAUAUCCAGUAAAAAGUAUGUCCCAUCUGAAUCGAUUCAAGCGCAGUUGAAUAAUCCCAGAACAGAGAUAUUGGAUAUGGAACCCGAGCUAGGAGAGAAAGAACGUGAUGCCAAACAGAAUCUCAAUCUACCUUUCACUUCCGUAACGAAACAGUCAGAUCUCGUCAGUCUGCGACUGGCUGAUCGGAAAGUUCGUGUUGGCGGUCAGAUUAUAUAUACACCUGACAAGGAAGAUGAUCUGGAUGAUAGUGAUCCCGACGAUGAUUUGAACUUAUGA